GCCAGCUGCUGCGUAGGUAGCAAAACUCAUAGCAGAAAUUCCAAGGUAAACAUUUUCUGGAAGAGGGGGUUUUCUGGAAGAGGGGAAGGAAAUCAGGCAAGGAGAGGCGGCUUAGAAAGUAGAGUCCCUGGAGCCUCAGCCAAAGUUUACUGCUCCCUUAUCCAAGGUGAUCAAAGGAGCAGCAAAAGAUCUUGGAAAGGGGGAGAGCAGGGAUCUUGAAUCACUUUCCCACUCGCUUCUUCAAGUUCUUCCACCCAGUCCAAGAUGGAUGUUGGAUGUUACCUCCAACGGAUUGGAUUCCAAGGUGUCUCCACCUGCCCUUCUUUGGAGACCCUACGGUGCCUCCACCGCUCCCACCUCUUCUCGGUACCGUUUGAGAGCCUCAGCAUCCAUUGUAAAGAGCCCAUCGUUCUGGAGUUGCCCCAUUUGUAUGAGAAGAUUGUUCAAAACCACCAGGGUGGUUUUUGUUGUGAACUGAAUGGUCUUUUCCUGUGGUUGUUGCAAGCAUUAGGAUUUCAUACCAAAGUCAUAGCUGCACGUGUUUGGAACCGCUUCACAGAGUGUUACGGUCCUCCAUUGGACCACUUGGUAAUUUUGGUAGACUUGGACGGACACCAGCUUCUGUGCGACGUUGGCUUUGGAGAAGGUUUCCUGGAACCAUUAGAGCUGAAGCCAGAGUUGGAACAAGUUCAGGAAGGAGGUAUAUUUUGGUUGAGCCUGAAAGAAGCUAUCUGGGUAUUGGAGCGUCGGGAAAUUUCUGGAGGGAGGGGCAGGCCCCUCUAUAAAUUCACCCUGGAGGAGAAGAAACUAGAAGAUUUUUCUGACAUGUGUCUUUAUCACCAGACUUCACCCUGUUCCAUCUUCACGUGUAAAUCCUUUUGUUCCCUGCACAAAGCAGGUGGUGGACGUCUAACCUAUAUCGGUCAGCGCCUCAUUUUCACCAAGGGAGAGGAACGUACAGAAACGCUCCUGCAGAACUCUGAGAUCCCAACUGUUCUGUUCGAGAAAUUUGGGGUCAAAUUGAAGAGGAACUUUGAACCAAAGGAUGAAAAAAUCCUGCCACCUCCUCAAAAAGAUUAAUUGGUGGGGAGAGGGAAGGGUGAUCACUCUUCGUUUAGAUUGUAAUGAAAUAUGGAAUUGGGCAGGUUGCUCUCUUAAGGAUUUGUUCCAUGCCUAUGAUUCUGUAACG